GCGUUGUAGCCGCUCGUCGUCCGCUCGAGGGGACGCACGGAGGAGCCGGAGCUGCCGGUGGGCCGGCGAGGGGCCCGCGUUUCCCGACACCCCGACAUGGCGGCUAGUGAUACAGAGCGAGAGGCAAUAGCCCCAGAGAAAUCAUCUCCUGAUAGAGAAAAGAAAAAAGAUGCAUCUAAUUCUCCUAGAACUUCAAAACAUCAUUAUUCAAGGUCACGUUCACGAUCAAGAGAGAGAAAACGAAAGUCAGAUAAUGACGGGAAAAAGUACAGAAGUCGGAGCAGAAGCAAAGAGAACCAACUUCUUCUUAAAACAGGCAAGAAGACAUGGGUCCAAAGAGAAGUCCUCGAAGAAGCACAAAUUUGAAGACCAUAAUGACAAAGAACACUCUUCUGAUAAAGGAAGAGAGAGCCUGAGCACUUCAGAAAAUGGUGAGGAACGGCAUAAGCGCAAGGAGAGGAAAUCCUCAAGGGGACGAAGUCAUUCAAGAUCUAGGUCUCGUGAAAGGCGUCACCGUAGUAGAAGCCGUGAUAGAAAAAAGUCACGAUCUCGAAGCCGAGAUAAAAAGCGACGUGUAAGAUCACGUUCUAGAUCAAGAUCUAGACACAGGCAUCGGAGCAGGAGCAGGAGCAGAACUAGGAGCAGAAGCAGAGAAAGAAAGAAGAGACCUGAAAAGCCCAGAAGAUUCAGCAGAAGUCAUAGCCGAACUCCUAGUCCACCUCCCUUUAGGGGACGAAACACAGCAAUGGAUGCACAGGAAGCAUUAGCUAGAAGAUUGGAAAGAGCAAAAAAACUGCAAGAACAGAGAGAGAAAGAACUGGUUGAAAAACAGAAGCAACAAGAAAUGGCUGCUGCGGCUGCUGCCACCGGCACUUCUGUCAUCAAUGUUGCAGCUCUUCUGGCCUCUGGAACACAAGUCACUCCUCAGAUAGCUAUGGCAGCUCAAAUGGCAGCCCUGCAAGCAAAGGCACUGGCAGAGACAGGAAUAGCUGUUCCAAGCUAUUAUAAUCCAGCAGCAGUAAAUCCCAUGAAGUUUGCUGAACAGGAGAAGAAGCGGAAAAUGCUGUGGCAAGGCAAAAAAGAAGGGGAUAAAUCACAAUCUGCAGAAAUCUGGGAGAAACUGAACUUUGGAAACAAGGACCAAAAUGUCAAAUUUAGAAAAUUAAUGGGUAUUAAGAGUGAAGAGGAAGCUGGUGGUAGUAGUUCGGUGGAUGAAGAAAGUUACAAGACUUUAAAACAGCAGGAAGAAGUAUUCAGAAAUCUAGAUGCACAAUAUGAAAUGGCAAGGUCACAGACACACACCCAAAGAGGGAUGGGAUUGGGAUUCACAUCUUCGAUGCGAGGAAUGGAUGCUGUUUGAAAGAACGUGAUCUUAAAGCCUGGGACUUUGUCAAAGAUUAUUGUUCAGAUAUUGGGUCCUUGUUCACCAAAGGCUAGCAUUCUAGCUUGCAUGGGGUGUUGCAUUGACUUUAAUUUAUUGACAUUACAAUUUUUGUAAAUAUCAGAUCAGUGAUAACUGGUGUUCCAUGUUGUAAUCAGGUUAUACUCACUUCCAUUAUACUUGACAGAGCUGUAGGAGGACAUUUUUAGUUCUGUGUUUCAAAACAGAACAGGUGAGGAUAAACUCAUACAUGGAUAUUUUGUGUCCACUGUCUUGUGUACUUUUGUACUUUAACCUUGUACAGUUAUUUUCAACUCUUGAAACAUAAAACACAUUGUGUAGGUGUUACUCUAGCAGACUGGGCCAGUGGGUGCAUAAUGCAGUGCAAAAACCUGGUUAAUAAAAAAUGUUUUUUCUCAAAUA